GGCAAUGGCUCCUUGAGUCGAGCAGUCUUAGUGUUGAAGGAUCACUCGUUUGCUUCAUCGACCACCGGAAAGGCUGAUAAGAAGCCUCUCACAGACAAGGAUGAGAUAAUAUACAACUGCCUUUGGCGCUUCCUCCAACUUCGCGGCUAUGUCGAUCCUUCCUCACACAAAUUGACCAAAUGGGGCGAAGCUCUUUGCACCAUGCUGGAAACCCUCGCCAGUCAUCCAGGAUUGGAAGAAGCUGCUGUUGUCGCAAUUGAACUCGCGCGCCUAGGCUUACUCGACGCGGAAAACAUGUUCCCUACGUACAGCGGUGCACCCUUCCGCGGCUCCGAUACGGAUCGACGAAAUACGCUCCUUAUCUCUCGCGUCGCCUGUCUUGGCAAGCUGGAACACAACACCAUCGGUUUCACGGGACCACUAAGCAAACACCUUUUAGGCUACCAGUCCAUGAUCAAUACUGUCCGAGGCAGUUUACGAGACCUGAUGGAAGUCACCAUAACCCAGUUUUUCCUAAGCGGCGGUGCUGAGCGGGAUCGAUCUGACUUUACGGACCUAGGCCUGGAGCUGCCCUUCCUCCUUUCCAACGACUGCGGACUUGGGAUCGCCGUCAAAUCGUACCUUGACGAGCUCGUUGGAGCAUCCGACCGCAGCUCAGCGGAGGUCAAGGAGUCGGUGAAAGAGCGAGGCGCGACCGAGUGGUUCCCACACAGCGUUGAAUUCGCGAAAAACAUCGACAAAGCUUUCGUGUUAUGGGAUGCAGUAUGUUCCCCGAAGUUCUCUUUUGGACCUGCAAUAGUUGUUGCGAUAUUAACUAGUAAUCAGGUUUACAAAGGCAUUAAGACUGCCGGACGUCUCGUCGAGAACGCACGCCUUUUCGAUGAAGUCAACGAGUGGCUCGAGCCCCUCCGUUGACCAUAUUCUAUCAUCACAGCCUGAUGGAGCACAUGACUACCAUUACCCCACCAUGGUUUAAGGUGGUCCGACAUACUCCUUCUCAGAAGUGUUGUAUAUCAAUUUGAAGCGUUUUGUACGGAUGACUUGUCUCUUCGAACGUGGGCACAAACUGCAGUGGCGCUUGUACAAUGAAAUAUGUUCUUCAUGACGUUCAGUUUCUCCACUCCUUUACUAGGAUGUCCUUAUCUCUACAACUAGGAAUAUCACAGCGCACAAGUACCCGACUAUGAAGGUACCGCCGCGGACCGACCUCACAAGCCACAUCCGGCCUUCAUU